UAAAAGCUGAACUGAGUUGUUAGGGGAGCGCAAAGCGCACUUUCGCUGCAAUCAUCUGGGAACGGCCGCUGACAACGCCGUAUUGAGCGGCGCUAGUUUGUCCGCCCAACCCGCGAAAUCGCUCGACGGGACCCGAGGAACCGCAAGCGUCGGCGGCUUCGCGCUCCGAGGCGGUCCGCGAGGGGGCACCUGGGCCCAGUCGGCGAGGUUGUGACGUCACGCACCGCUUGCGAGACCGCGUGGGGCCCUCGCCUGCUCUGAAAAGAAGCUGCGACCGGCUGGUGAACACGAGUGAGCGCCAGACUGCGGUCGAAGAUGCGUCGCCCGUUUCUUUCAUCUCACUCGGGCGGAGUUCUGUCUCUAGGGCAACUACAGGGCGAGUGGCACCGACGCCCACUUGGGCUCGCGAUGAUGGGCUGCUGCGACUACGCUACGCUCCACUGGUUACAUCUCUGAGUUGCCUCCGACACGAAACAGUUCGAUACCUGGGUGAUACGGAAUACGCCUGGCAGGAGUGUGAAGUCACUUCCAGCUCACCGGAUGAGAUACAAAGAAUGCGCUGUCCCGUUCCGGACCCGGAAGUGGCAAUGACCCUUCUUCUUGAGUGCUUGGAGGAAUAGUCACGCCACCCUGGAAACAUAGCCUGGCGAUGAAGUUCCAGCUGAUUUUGGUGUUCCCGUUCGUCGCGCUCCUCUUGGCAGGCUUCUGCCGAGCUGUGACCAUCCGACGCCUAAUCGUGCCGCGCUGGGUGCGCAAUGGGUCCGAGACGCCCGCUGUUCUCGACUGCGAGUACGUGUACAACGAGAACGACCUCAAGCUGGUAGUCAAGUGGUUCUUCAACGACGGCGCGGAGCCCGUGUACCAGUGGAUACCAGAGAUGGGGGUCCGCGAGGCGUUCGGAGUGCUACGACAGCGCCUGGACGACACGUUCUCCGUGAACUCUCGCGACGCGUAUUCGCAGUACCGAGCCAUCCGCAUUCUGAGGCCUACCUGGGAGCUCAGCGGCAAAUACACCUGCGUUGUGACCUCACUCGCUGGCCAGGACGCAAGGCACCAGCACAUGACCAUAUUCGUGCCGGCGAAGUCAUUUUCGUUCAACUACAGUGACUCACGGCCGCCGCUAGAGCGACUGCCCCGACCUCAGUCUCCGGAGCUCCCUUUGAGCCUCUUGUGCGUGGCACGGGGCACGUUCCCAAAGCCGGUGCUGACGCUGUUCCUUCUCAAGGGAGGCAGGAGAAGGCCCGCGACCGAGGCCGGCCUUCGAACAUUCACGACGGCGACCGUCGAAGACGGGCUCUUCGACGUCGCACUGCACGCCGACGCAUUCGAGAAUCACCUGUCCUCGCUGGCCGAUCUCUUCGAGUGCGUGCUGGAGAUCCCGUACAGCAACUACGUCCUGACGCGCAGGAUGAGCCUCGCUCACGAGCUUACCUGGGGAGCUUACGGUGCAUCUAAAGCAUCACGCCUGCCCAUCCUGUCACUUUUUUACAUCGCCUUGAGCAUAAGCAUCUAUAUCGCUUCUGGGCCGCAUAAAAGAGGUGGAGACGAAAGGUUGCACCAGACAACACUGGACUUUGGCGAGGAUCAGGGUGACACGUAGCGAAAGCUUGGACUGUUGACAGUGGUUGUUACGUUCACUGUUGCCAUUUCAUGUUGUUUAGCGGCCUUCGUAAAUGAUGGGCCCUCUGCCGAGGGACUCCAUCGUCACUCCGAUGGUGCCGAAAGUGGACGGGGUGGACGGAACAUCAUAAAGAGAAUGACUGCAACCACAAGGAUUCCAUUCGGGAAAACUUUGCGUUCACAAAGUGUCACCGCAGGAAGUGGCUUCCCGCUGAGGCGCUCAUCAAUCUUCGUCAUUCUGGAAGUGAAGCCGUCGAGGUGUGUUUCAGACUCGCCCCAAACAGAUGGGUGCCGGUGUUACGACAUGCGUUAUCGUGUUCAGACUCGCAGACUAAGUCCCAUAAUGCGCACUCUACGUGUGUGUAAACUGUAGUUUGUUUACUUGGGGCGUGGUUUUGUAAAAAGCGUCAGAGCAAGAUGAUAUCAAAGCAAGCUAGCGUAUUGUGUAAAUUGUUGAAGCACCAUAUUACUUUUUCCUACAAAAAAUUAAAAAAAAACAAAUUCAGCUAUUUACGAAAUGAGUGAAAGCGCAAAAGUUCAGCGAUUACAUCUCAUUUCAGAUUCCCCCCCCCCCGUAAAAAAAGUAUUCUCACGAAGAACAAGACUCGCCACCGGUGGCAUUACAUCAUCAGACAACAAUAAAAUUUUUGUUACAGCAAAUGCUAGGGUAUGGCGUAACUCAAGGACAUUGCCGUGAUAUGGGUCUGGAAGAAUUUACACAGUUGUCAUUACACUCGCUUCCCACUUGGCCAGUUCUAUGUUGAGACUUGUAGAGAAUGCAUAUUUUCGCGCUAUGGUUACAAAAUAAACAACCAGAAUAAACAUUACGUCUACGAAA